UUUUUCUAUGCAUUUCUCUGAUGGCUGAGUCUCAAAAUUCCUCGUCACUAUGCCGCAAAGAGAUUACAUAGAGCUUCAUAGGAAGAGACAUGGCUUCCGCCUCGACCACUUCGAGCGCAAGUGCAAGAAGGAGGCUCAUGAAGACCACAAGGGCUCUAAAUAUGCCCAGAAGGCUCUGGUUAUUAAGUGCAAGAUGUUCGCAGAAAAGGCUUUGAUGAAGAAGACACUAGCCAUGCAUGAGGAAUCAUCCACCAGUCGCAAGGUGCAUGAUGAUGUCCAUGAAGGAGUUGUUCCUGCUUAUUUGCGGGACCGCGAGACCACAACACAGGCAAAAGUUCUUAGCAAUACCAUUAAGCAAAAGUGGAGAGAGAAAAAACUGGGUGUUGGACAACGACAGCUAAUUUAUGGUGCUAUAAUGCAAGAUGUUGCCGAUCCAGGUGUUCUAUUUACAAUAUUAAUAUGCAAGCAUGAGGUUGUUAUUCAUGUUAGUUCUCAAAAAGCUGCUCUUCAUCUUGAUGAGAUGCUAUUACUUGCCAACUUUGUUAUUUCAUCAAAAUCAUUUAGGAGUUUCGAAUAUUUUUCAUCAAAUUGCCGUGUUGAAUUUUUUUUUGGAGGAACUAAUGAUCUUGAAGGAUCUGAUCUUGCCUUCAUUCCCCACAUGGAAGAGGCCUUUCACCUUGCGCUUCAGUUGUUUGUGGAAAUGUUUGUGAAGGCUGGAUGUGGUGGUUCAAGUGACUUUUGGUCCAUUGUAAAAUAUGGAGAAUCUGGUUCUAUCAUAAGCUUUCUCCUUAUUGCCCAUAGGCUCUUGGUGCCUCACAAGAUUGAAGACAAACAUCAAAAUGGGGCUCCUGAAUGUAUUUACUAGCUUGCACAAGCUGAAAUCUAAAUAUGGGUUUUGACUGGAGAUAAAAUUGAGACUGCAAUCAAUAUUGGCUUUGCCUAUAGUUUGCUUAGACAAGGAAUGAAGCAAAUUGUAAUCAACUAAGAGACAUUAGAAAUCAAAGCAUUGGAGAAAGUUGGGGACAACUCUGCUGUUGCUAUGGAAUUUAAGGCAAAAGUCCUACUCCAUUUUGACCAAAUGUCCUUCCAAUACGUUGUUUCCUUCAAUGCUAUUUGUAUGGGCGUUGCAGUAAAUGGUGUAGAAGAUGGAAAUUUUAGUUGGAUCACUGAUGAUGAGCUGGAAGUUAAUAAUUUCCAGUUA